AGACCAUCCUCAUCCUUACUAUUGCUUCCUGUUCAAUCUUAUUGCACUCAGUCUUUUCAUCCUAUUGCCAAUGAAUACAAAGUCUCGAUUCAAGCCCGUCAAGCAAAACCAGAAGGUCUUCCGCGCCUCGGAUCCGCUGCAGGCCGUCCUCCAGUGGGGCGUCAACUUUAUGAUGAACGAAUUGUCGCAAGUCGAGCGACCGACAUUGCUGCUGCCAGUCCACUUCAAGGCCUACUCCAAGACCAAGAUUCACAACCACCAGUUCAACACAUCGGAUUUGCCAAUGAAGUUCAAGUUCAAAGAGUACUGCCCAAUUGUGCUGGUCGAUUUGCGAGAGCGAUUUGGCGUCGACGCAGACCAGUACUUGUACUCUCUGGCAGGCGCAGAGCCAAUUCCGGUGGAAGCCAACGGCAAGAGCGGCGCGUCGUUUUACAUGACCCACGACAAGCGAUUUAUUGUCAAGUCCAUGUCCAAAAUCGAAGUGGACUUGAUGCACAACAUUUUGCCCCUUUAUCACACUUACAUUGUCGAAACAUCGGCUCGAACUCUGCUUCCUCAAUACGUCGGCAUGUACCGAAUUACCGUGGAUAACGUGGAGACGUAUCUGCUCGUACAGCGGAACGUCUUUAGUGCCACGCACGAAGUCCAAGAAAAGUACGACUUGAAAGGUUCUACCGUGCAACGAUCGGCAGACGGGGAGGAGAUUGCCAAGGGCGGUGCCACCCUCAAAGACAACGAUCUCCGCACCCGAAACCGCAAACUGUACCUCGGCAACGACAUCAAAGAGCAACUCAUUGCUACGCUGGAGCGUGACACUGCGUUCCUCGCCAAGUUAAAACUGAUGGACUAUAGCUUCCUUGUGGGCAUUCACCGAACAAGUAAAGGUGAAGAGCCCAUCGAUCAAGACGUGGAUGUGUACUCGCUUCCCAGCUCGUCGGAAGAGCACGAUGAGGUGUACUUUGUGGCCAUCAUCGACGUGCUGACCGUGUAUGGCGCCAAAAAGAAGGCUGCGCAUACCGCCAAGACGAUGAAACAUGGCGUCCAUGCUGAAAUCUCAACAGUCCAUCCUGAACACUACCGAAGCCGAUUCCUUGAGUUUAUCAACACGAUUGUUGAAUAAUGGAUGUUUCAGACUUUGCUGUUUUCCGUUGCUUUUGUUGUCGACGCCUCUCGGUCUCAUUUCUCCUCUCCAGCCUUGCUACCAUUGUGUAUGUGUGGGCUUUGGUUUUUGUUGUUUUUUAGACUAUUUGUCCAUGUUGAUUGCUUGCUGAUGAUGAUUAUUGUGAAGCUUGCACUUGUAUAAAGAAAAAGAACAAAAAAAAAA